AUGGCGACGCCUUCGCCACCAAAACCGUGGGAGCGAGCCGGUGCAGCUGGAAACGCACUAUCAACAGCACCUAUCGCCGGUAGCCCUGCUGCCUCGACCGCGAUGACUUCUACAGCCAACCCCGCAUCGUCCACCGCCCCCGAACUUCCCUCCCGUCCGAGCGCUCUCAACUCCGUAGUUAACAACUCGCCAUAUGGAGCCUCACGCCUUGGAACAGGCGCGUACGGAUCCAGCUACGGAGGCAUGGGCGGGAUGGGUGGCAUGGCUUCACCUUACUCCCGCUUCGGCUCUAUGGGCACUAUGGGCUCCAUGUACGGCGGUGGCGGCUACGGAGGCUACGGAGGUGGCAUGUACGGGGGCAUGGGCGGUAUGGGGGGAAUGGGAGGGAUGGGAGGGAUGUACGGUGGCAUGCCGGGACAAGAUCCUAAUGAUCCGAACAGCCUGACGAACUCGUUCGGGCAGAGCACACAGGCCACUUUCGUCAUGAUUGAGAGUAUUGUUGGUGCGUUUGGUGGCUUUGCCCAGAUGCUCGAGAGCACGUACAUGGCUACGCACAGUUCAUUCUUUGCAAUGGUCUCGGUCGCGGAACAAUUUGGAAACCUGCGAAACACACUCGGCUCGGCCCUGGGCAUUUUCACCCUCAUUCGGUGGUUCCGCACAUUGAUCGCUAAGCUCACCGGGCGUCCUCCGCCAGCUGAUGCGACUUCCUUGACCCCGGCUGCUUUUGCGGCUUUCCUCGGCGGUCACGCCGCUGCUACACUCCCGGAUGGCUCACCGGUUCCCGCCAAGCCAUCCAAGAAGCCAUUCUUCAUGUUUUUGAUUGCCCUCUUUGGCCUCCCUUACCUCAUGGGCAAGCUCAUCAAGACCAUGGCCCGAUCCCAGGAGGAAGAGGCGAAACGUCGCCAGCUCGUGGGUGUUGGGGCCGAGGGCCCAGCAUCGCUCGACCCGGCCAAGCUGGACUUCUGCCGUCUCCUCUACGACUACACCCCCGAGACCCAGGAGAGCAACGGCAUUGACCUGGCCGUGAAGAAGGGUGACAUUGUUGCUGUUCUCAGCAAGUCGGAUCCUAUGGGCAAUGCCUCCGAGUGGUGGCGCUGCCGUGCUCGCGACGGCCGCGUCGGAUAUCUCCCCGGCCCGUACCUGGAGACUAUCCAGCGCCGACCUACUCAGCAGGCUAUCACAACAGGCAGCGAGCCUGCUACUCCCACUACUACGAUGAGGGGCGACCCCGCAGGCCGCACACAGAGCCUGUCGUCACUGAGCAAGCCCGAGCUCAACACCAAGAUGGGCGAUAUCACGCCUGAGAGCUUCCAGAAGAGCACGUUCUACUCAUGA